CGCCGCUGAGCCAGGCCACUGAAAUCCCAGAGAGCGGCUACGGGGACCGUGAAAGUGCCUUCAGCGAAUCAGAUCUCUUUCCAGAUGAAGACACCAUGACCCUGGCCCAGCAGGAAGUCCACCAUGAGUCUGAUAUGGACAGUGCCAUUGAAAGUAACCACAGUUCAGAAGCAUCAGUUGUGUGCAAGGUUGAGAAGGAUGGUGUGUUGAAUGGCCUCUUCCUGCCUGGAGAUAAAUCAAAUUUGCUGAAUCCUGCAUCUUCUGAUCUUUCCACCUAUUCCACUGCCUCUCUGAUCAGUAACGAAGAACAGUUUGAAGACUAUGGAGAAGGAGUUGAUGUAGACUUUACCCCCAGCAGUCCUUGUCUUGAUGAUGAAAGCAGGACACAUGCAUAUUCUGACCUUGGCUCAUCUGUUUCUUCCAGUGCUGGUCAAACCCCACGGAAAAUGAGGCAUAUCUAUAACAGUGAGCUCUUAGAUGUCUACUGCACCCAGUGCUGCAAGAAAAUCAACCUCCUUAAUGAUUUGGAAGCCAGGCUGAAAAACCUAAAAGCCAACAGCCCAAACAGAAAGAUCUCUAGUACAGCUUUUGGCAGACAACUUUUCCACAACAGCAACUUCAGCAGUAGUAAUGGCAGCACAGAGGACUUAUUCAGAGACAGCAUAGAUUCGUGUGACAAUGAUAUCACAGAAAAGGUGACUUACUUAGAAAAAAAAGUGACAGAGCUGGAAAAUGAUACUGCAACAAAUGGUGACCUGAAGAGCAAAUUGAAGCAGGAGAAUACACAGCUAGUUCACAGAGUGCACGAGUUAGAAGAACUACUGAAAGACCAGGAGACUUCAGCCCAGCAGAACCUGGAAGAAGAGAUUAAGAGGCACAGAGAAGCCUACAGCAAAUAUGAAAAGGAGAAGGGCACAGAGAUUGAGCUGCUAAACACACGGGUUCAGCAGCUGGAAGAGGAAAACUGUGAGCUCAAAACCACUGUCCUACGACUGAAGUCGCAAACUGAGAAACUGGACGAGGAGAGGCAGCGAAUGUCUGACAGAUUAGAAGAUACCAGUCUGAGGCUGAAGGAUGAAAUGGAUUUGUAUAAAAGGAUGAUGGACAAACUGAGGCAGAACAGGCUGGAAUUUAACAAGGAGAGAGAAGCCACUCAGGAGCUCAUUGAGGAUCUGAGAAAGGAGCUGGAACACCUUCAGUUGUAUAAACUUGAGUGUGAGCGUCCCGGUCGAGGGAGAAGCUCUUCCAGCUUGAGCGAAUUCAAUGCCAAGACGAGAGAAGUGGAAAUGGAACACGAAAUUAAACGUCUAAAACAGGAGAAUCAAAAGCUCCACGACCAGAAUGAUGACCUCAAUGGGCAAAUCCUUAGCCUCAGCCUUUAUGAAGCUAAGAACCUUUUUGCAACACAGACAAAAGCCCAGUCACUGGCAGCUGAGAUUGACUCUGCCUCCAGGGAUGAGCUCAUGGAAGCCCUCAAAGAACAGGAAGAGAUCAACUACCGAUUGCGCCAAUACAUGGACAAGAUCAUCCUGGCCAUCCUAGACCACAAUCCAUCCAUCCUGGAAAUAAAAAAUUGAAGAUUGGGAUGGGAAGGGAGGUGGGCAGAUGGGAUGCCUUUAGAUUCAAGUAUCUCUAUUUGCUACUAUAUAUGAACUUAUAAAUAUAUACAUAUAUAUAACUCUCUCAAAACACACAACAUACAAAACACACAUACACACACACACACACACACAUAUAUAUAUAUUAUAUAUAUAUAAAUAGAAAAAAACUUGUGUGGAUACACAGGGCGUGUUUAUAUGAGCUUGAUAUAUUUUGUGACUCAUAAUUUACAUUGAUCCAUUUUCCAUGCCCUUUCUCUGUGGGGAUGCUAGGGAUUAUAAUGAAAAACCACAAAACUGGAUUUGCACUGUUUUAGAUACUGGACAGAAAAAAAAAUGAUACUACCUCUAGAUGAAAAGAUAAAACAUGAUGGAAACUAACUUGUGCCAGGCCUUUUCCUAGCGUACAAACAAUACUGAGCGUCUAUGUCUUAUGAAUUGCCUCCCUGUCAUCUCAGAAAUAUCUUGUAUUAUCAGGUUGAAUUCUCACUGGUGCUGGCUGUGUUGUUUUAACUUUGCCUGAGUUAAUGCUUCUGAAGUCCUCUCCUUGGAUGGGAAUGUAUGUAUGAUGCAAAGCGGGUAUUCUGGAAUCUUCACAAGUUUCUGUUUGAACCUGGACUGUUUUAAUUAGAAAGCAGUUUCUAAAUCUUGAACCCAAGUGGCUAUGAAUCCUUUGGGAUGGUGACCAGUCUGUUGUAUUCCAGGGGAAUCUGGGGUGCCCAAGAAAACAAUGGGUCCUGGGGUUCCAUAUUUUCUUGAACUUACCAGACUAUUCAUGAGGUGCAUUUUCUGACUUUGGGUUUUAUUGCAAGAUCACCAAGGACCUAAUGGUGAGAAAGUUGGAAUCAUAAAUGUGGGAUGCUUCAGGGCUACAAAACAGUCCCAGCCCUGUUUCAGCUUCAGCAACAGCAUUAAAAAGUGGUGGUUGCAGAGAGCUAUUUGUUCACUGAUAAGAACUUGGUGCUGUCACCGUAACAAAUAGAAA